UCUAUUAAACAAAGGUUACAGAGCAAGCCCUGUGUCUGAUUGGUGAGGAAAUGUUGAAACGUCUUAUUUUUGGCCCAAUGAAAAUGUGUGUAUUUCAAAACUUCGAGUCUAUUGGUUUAAGUAAAGCUGUGGUUUUAACCAGUGGGAGAGCUUUAUUUUUGAGCUCAGUAAAGGCUAUAAUUACUGUAGCUCUCGCAAUACCAAAACAAAAGCUACUUGGUUGCUGAAACCUAUUGUGGUCAUGUCUGGAAGAGGCAAGCAAGGAGGCAAGGCUCGCGCCAAAGCCAAGACCCGCUCCUCCCGGGCCGGCCUGCAGUUCCCGGUGGGCCGAGUGCACCGCCUGCUCCGCAAGGGCAACUACUCGGAGCGCGUCGGAGCCGGCGCCCCUGUGUACCUGGCGGCGGUGCUGGAGUACCUGACGGCCGAGAUCCUGGAGCUGGCUGGCAACGCGGCCCGCGACAACAAGAAGACCCGCAUCAUCCCGCGCCACCUGCAGCUGGCCAUCCGCAACGACGAGGAGCUCAACAAGCUGCUGGGGAAAGUCACCAUCGCUCAGGGUGGUGUCUUGCCCAACAUCCAAGCUGUGCUGCUGCCCAAGAAGACGGAGAGCCAUCACAAGGCCAAGGGCAAAUAGAGUUUAUGUAUUCCAGUCUAAUCUGGGACUGACCCAAAGGCUCUUUUCAGAGCCACCCA